GGGAGGUACGGGGAAGACUCAGGCAACAGCUGUAUGGGAUGAGGCAUUAACAGGAAUAAAGAAGGGCCCAACAUGAGGAGGUUGGAGGUGUAUAGCCUGUGAGGAGAUAUAUAAGGGGCUGGCCAAGGAUGAGAGACUGGCUGGUGGAGAGUGUCAGGGGCCCUGGAGAGGAGCAGACACAAGGACCCAAACGGCCAGAGAGGUGGAGGAGGAACAGGGUGAAGCCCUGUCCCUCUCUGAGGCAAGCCCUGCCAGGCUGAGUUAGGGGGACAAGGGGGCACACGGCCAGACAAAUGUUCCAAGAAACAAUCUUAAUAGAUUAGGUUGCUGGAGCUCUUUCACUGUGUGGAUAUUUCAAAAUUCUGAAACACAGGAAUACAGUUAAACAGUGAAGCAGAAACAUUUGGAUUGGCAAUAUUAUAUGCUAACAAGUUGUAUGACAAUUUAUCCUUGGAUAUAGAGAUACUUUACAGACCAAACUCAAAGUGUGAAUGAUAAAUGUUAAUGGAAACUUGUAGCAUCAGACAGACAUAGGAGAGAUGUGUGUCACAAGGCUAUGGGGCUUUAGCCCCACCUAAGAUACUUGAUUGUUAUUAUAUACUGAGAUAGUGACUAUCAUCUAGACUAGUACGGCUGUCUCUGGCAGGCAACAACUUCCUAAAGUUUCAGACAGCGCUCUUUCUUAGCGAUUUUGCCAAAGGUCCAUUUAACUGGACCUUAAGAUGCCAAGGAUUGAACCUAGAAUCUUUUGCCUGCAAGGACAAUCCAGAGCUUUGAUUCUGUUUAUACCAGAGUCCAAGAGUUCUGUCUGGGAGGGUAUUAUCUAAGGAGUAUACAUCCAGGGAAUGACUUGGGAGGAUUAACUUCCAGUCAGUUUCCAACAAGGGUGGCUAGCCUCACACAGCUGGAAUGUUUGAUGCUUCUGGAGCUUCCCAAGAGAGUUCACACUGCAGACCAUAUGGGCCACUAGUCAUUGUCCAUGGGGAACCCCAAGCAUUCUGUGCUUAAGACUUUAUAAAUGACUUCUUGAAGAAGAAAGGCAGUGCAGGAAAAGUAAAAGUACAAGGAAGAGAGCUUUUCCAGGGGUACAUUCAGAAUGGACAAAUGGAACCAAGUUUUUAUUCUUGUGUGUCUGAGUGCUUUGUUCUCCACUGCUGAUGCCAACACUGCUGUCUGCAGGGAAGCUUCUGUUGCAGACAUUGUGUUCCUGGUGGAUGGAUCCUGGAGUAUAAAAAUGGAGAACUUCAAACGGAUGCAAAACUUCCUGUACAGUUUGGUUAAUGGUUUUGACACUGGAGAGGAUAAAAUCCGGAUUGGACUGAUUCAAUUCAGUGAUAAGCCCUACAAUGAAUUCUUCUUGAACACCUACCACCACAAACAGGACAUCUUAGAGAAAAUACAGACCUUGCACUACAGAGGAGGGAAUACAUACACUGGAGCAAGUUUGAUGUUUAUGCUAGAUAACCAGUUCAAUGAAAUGGCUGGAAGUCGACGCAGUGAAGGUGUCCCUCAGAUUGCAGUAGUGAUAACUGAUGGGAAAGCUCAGGAUAAAAUCAGUGAGCCAGCUGCGGCAGUCAAGAAGGCAGGCAUCAUAGUCUAUGCUGUAGGUGUCAAAGAUGCUGUUUUGUCUGAGCUUCAGGAAAUUGCUAGUGACCCGGAUGACACACAUGUCUACAGUGUGGCAGAUUUUGAUGCUCUGCAGGGUAUCUCUCAAAAUGUGCUUCAAGUGCUUUGUACUACAGUAGAGGAAGCUUCUCGACAUAUCACCCAGGUUUCACCAGUAUGCCAAAAAGCCACUGUAGCUGAUGUCGUAUUUUUGGUGGACAGUUCAACCAGCAUUGGUACAGAGAAUUUCCAAAAAGUGAAAAACUUCCUGAACACACUGAUUUCCAGUCUUGAUGUUGGCAGCAACCAGAUCAGAAUUGGAUUGGCCCAAUACAGUAGUGCUACCUUCACAGAGUUUCUGCUAAAUCAGUAUUCCUUGAAAAAUGAUAUUCUGGAACAAAUACAGAAUUUGCCCUACCGGGGUGGAAGCACUUACACAGGUGCUGCCUUAGAUUUCAUCAGAGAAGGGUACUUCACUGAAUCUGCUGGGAGCAGAGCACAGGAACAUAUCCCACAAGUAGCCAUUCUACUCACAGAUGGAGAAUCUAAUGAUGAAGUCAAAGGUCCAGCCAGCAAAUUGAAGGCAAGAGGAAUCUCACUUUAUGUGGUAGGAAUUGGCAUCCAGGACACUACUGAGCUUAAAGCAAUUGCCAGCAGGCCUUUUGAUAGGUUCUUGUUCAAUAUUGACAAUUUUGAUAUCCUUCAAGAUCUUUCUAGCAAUCUUCUCCAAACUGUGUGCUUUGCAGUGGAGAGCCAGGUUAAAGCAUUUACAAAGCACUAUGCUGAUAUUGUUUUCCUUGUGGACUCUUCUGAAAGAAUGGGAUCCUCUACCUUUGAAGAAGUAAAGAAAUUCAUUUUGCAAGUUGUUGAACAACUAGACAUUGGGGCUGACAAAUACAGGGUUGGUUUUGCACAAUACAGCCGAGAAGGGCAGAUAGAAUUUUUGCUGAACACUUAUGAGAAUAAGGAAGAUGUUCUUAACCACCUUCAGAGAAGUGUUAUAUUCAUGGGUGGCCCUCUACAGACUGGAAGUGCGCUGCAAUUUCUGCAAGAUGUCUAUUUUACAGUGGAAGCUGGGAGUCGAUUUAAUCAAGGGACACCACAGUUCACAGUGGUUGUCACCUCAGCCAAAUCUGAGGAUGAUGUCGAGGAAGCUGCAACAGAGCUGAAAGAGAUGGGAGUAAAAGUCGUAACAGUUGGCAUCUUAAAUUCCGACAGGAAAGAAAUGGAGGUGAUUGCUACGUCUCCCUUGGUUUACCAGCUCAGUGAUGUGGAGAGCUUCAAUCAGCUUCAAAAGAAUAUAACAGAUCUUUUGGAAGUACCAGUUCAGCAACAGUAUGAGGAAGCCCUAGAGGCUGAAGUGCCAGCAGUUUGUUCCAGCGCAACUGUAGCAGACAUUGUCUUCCUUGUGGAUGAAUCCAGCAGGAUUGGUCAAAGGAAUUUCCAGCUGAUCAGGACUUUUCUGCUCAGAGUUUUUGGUGCCUUAGAUAUUUCCCCAGUUAAUGUUCGUGUUGCUUUGGUACUUUACAGUGAUGAGCCAAGAUUAGAGUUUGACCUCCAUACAUUUGAUGACAAGUUAGAAGCUGUGAACUAUCUGAAAAAGUUGCCAUAUCGUGGUGGGCAAACAUACACUGGUGCUGCCAUUGAUUUCCUGAGGAAAAAGGUUUUCACCAAGGAGGCAGGUAGCAGGAAGGAUCAAGGAGUACAGCAGCUGGCUGUGGUGAUCACUGAUGGCCAGUCACUAGACAACUUCACUGAACCUGCAUCCAAGCUUCGACGGAGCAAAGUUACAGUGUAUGCUGUGGGGAUCCAAAAUAUCUCAGAAAGCGGCCAGCUGUACAAAAUUGCAUCUCAUCCCCCAAGAAAACAUGUCACCAACCUAGAAUCUUUUUUGCAGUUAUCAAAUAUUGGAUGGAAGAUAAAGAAACGACUUUGUACUGAAAUUGUUUCACAAACCUUUGUCAUUCCAGUGCGGUCCCGUAACGUCAAAGAAGGCUGUGAGGAAACAGAGGAAGCAGACAUUUAUUUCCUGAUUGAUGGGUCGGGCAGCAUUUAUCCAAAUGACUUCCACGACAUGAAAGUCUUCAUGAAUGAAAUGAUCAGUUUGUUUCAGGUUGGCGCCGACAGCGUUCGUUUUGGGGUGGUUCAGUACGGAAGCGCUCCACAAACAGAAUUCUUGAUAAAUCAGUACAACUCAGCAGCACAAUUAAAGGAAGCCAUCAAGGUGAUCCAACAGCUAGGUGGCGGCACUAGAACUGGAGAUGCUUUACGAUACAUGCAGGGCCUGUUUAAAAGGGCUGCCAGGGACAAAGUUCCCCAGUUCCUCAUCAUUAUUACAGACGGUGAAUCCCAGGAUGAGGUAACUGAUGCAGCAAAAGAGCUGCGACAGGGAGGGAUCACGAUAUAUGCCAUUGGUGUCAAGAAUGCCGUCGAAAAAGAAUUGGAACAAAUAGCUGGGACGAAAGACCGGAUGUUUUUUGUGAAUGACUUUGAUUCCCUCAAGCUUAUCAAACAUGACAUUGUACGUGAUAUCUGCUCUCCCGAGGCCUGUAAGAAUUUGAAAGCAGACAUUAUCUUGUUAAUUGAUACUUCUGAAAGUAUGAGACAAGAUCAGUUUGAGAAGACAAAGGAAUUCAUACACUUGAUUGUGAACAGGUCUGACAUCGGGGUUGAUAAAGUGCAGGUUGGACUGCUCCAGUAUAGCUCAAAGCAGAAAGCAGAGUUCCUACUCAACAGAUUCAGCAACAAGGCUGACAUGAGGGAAAAAAUUUCUGCAAUGGAGCAGAUGAAAGAAGGAACGAAGACUGGGGAAGCUCUAGCCUUUGCCUCUCCUCACUUUGACCAAUCGAAAGGAGGGCGUCCGGGAGUAAAGCAGUAUCUGAUAGUGCUCACAGAUGGAGAAUCAGACGACAAAGUGGGAAAGCCUGCCAGAGCCCUUAGAGAUAAAGGAGUCACUAUCUAUGCCAUUGGAAUACUAAGAGCCAACAACACCCAACUUUUAGAGAUGGCGGGCAUUCAGGAAAAUGUGUUUUUUGAAGAUAAUUUUGAUUCCCUGAAGUUUUUGGAUAAGGAGAUCCUGUUUGAAGUUUGCAACCCCAAGGAUGUGUGUAAAAAAACAAAAGUUGCUGAUAUCAUGUUUGUCGUGCAUGGAUCAAGAGAUAUUACAGAACUACAAUUCAAGGGUAUACAGCAACUUAUGGAGGCUGUUGUAAAUGACUCUGUGGUGGGAAAAGACAAUGUUCAGUUUGGGACUAUCGUCUUUAGCACCCUUCCAGAAGAGAAAUUCUCUUUGAAAGAGUACUCCACAAAGGCUGGAGUCAGAGAAGCCAUUUCAAAGCUGACACCUGUGGAAGGGUUUGCCUUUACAGCCAGAGCACUGAAUUUUGCCAGAGAAAGGUUUGGUGCAGCUUACAGUGGUCGUACAUCAGCUCUUGGAGUCACCCGGCUCCUUGUGCUUAUCACUGAUGAGGCAACUUCGCCAGCGGACAGACACAAUCUCCCAGCAGUAGCAGAGGUUUUGAAGCAAGAAGGCAUCAAUGUCAUGGCCAUUGGGAUGGAUGAGGCCAGGGUAACAGAACUUGAAGAAAUUGUGGGUGACAACGGAAGAUGGUUUUUUGCUCCAAGUUACAAUGCAUUGGAAAAUUUGCAUGAAAACAUAACUCAUGUUAUAUGUGAUGACUCCAGAUCAGCUUGUGGCACUCAAGAGGCAGACCUUGUGUUUCUCAUUGAUGGCUCAGAAAGCAUCUUGAAGCAUAGUUUCUUGGUCAUGAAGACCUUUAUGAAGGACAUUGUGGAUAAUUUCAUCAUUGCUCAGGACAAAGUCCGGAUUGGGGUGGCCCAGUACAGCAGUGAUCCUCAGAAAGAAUUUUAUCUCAAUGAAUUCUACACCAACGAUGGCAUAAAGGGGAAGAUUGAUAGCAUUGCCCAGUUAAACGCAGGCACAUUCACUGGCAAGGGACUGAGGUUUGUCAAGAGCUUUUUUGAGGCUUCCAAUGGGAGCCGUAAGAACAAAGGAGUGUUGCAGUUCCUCAUUGUCAUGACUGAUGGGGAGUCCAAUGAUGAGGUGGAUGAGGCAGCCAUUGCUCUAAGGAAUGAUGGGAUCAAUGUAUUUGCAGUUGGAAUAGGGAUCCAAAACUCCUUUGAGCUGCUUCGAAUUGCUGGUAAUGCCCAAAGGAUAUUUGUUGUGGAGAAUUUUGAAGUACUGCAGACUAUUAAGCAGAAGAUGAUUACUGAGAUCUGCACUGUUGAAGAUCGACCGAGUCAAGACUGCAACAUAGAUAUUUCUGUAGGAGUUGAUAUUUCCAACCGUGAGAGGCAGACAUUACAUAUGAAUGUAAAGAAAAUGCAGACAUACCUGCCCGUACUCCUGCAGCGAAUCGGUUCCACAAUUAAUAUCAGUUGCACUGCUGAGUCUCCCGUCAACAUCAGGUUUAGAUACCAAGUGUUUGCUGGAAAUGGCCAGUCCUUGUUUGACUCUGACUUUGAAGCAUACAGUGAAGAGAUUAUUCAGAAAUUCUUGGCUGUGCAAACCACGGUGGACACUUACUUGAACAUAGGUUCCCUGCAGUCCUUUUGGGACAGAUCGCUCAGCCUGGCCACUGCUAAAGUGAAGGUUCUCUUAGUGUUUACAGAUGGGCCAGAUGAUCGCAUAGAAACGCUCAAAACAACAGUGGACUUUCUUCGAGUGAAAGGGCUUGAUGCACUUUUAAUGAUUGACCUGGAAAACACUGAGAGACAUCAGGAACUCCAGGAGCUUGAGUUUGGUAGAGGUUUCAGAUAUAUGCAGCCUUUGCACUUUGGAGACCCUGCACUUCCAAGCCUCUUAUGGAGAGAAAUUGACGCUAUUGCAGAACGAGAAUGCUGCUGUGUUUGGUGCAAAUGUGUUGGACAAGAUGGAUUUCGGGGUAUUCCUGGAACUGCUGGAAGCAAGGGAAGUGUGGGCAUGAAAGGAUUUCCAGGCUACUAUGGUGAAGAAGGAGCAACUGGAGAUCGUGGUCCAACUGGUCUGAAUGGGACACAAGGAGAAGAUGGCUGCCGUGGUGCAAGGGGUCUCAGGGGAGUAAAGGGAUAUCGAGGAAACAAGGGUGAGGAUGGUGAUGACGGGCUUGAUGGCAUUAAUGGACAAGAGGGAGAACGAGGAUCUCCUGGAUCAUCUGGACGAAAGGGCAGCAUGGGACGAAGGGGUAGAAAAGGCUCUGGAGGAGAGCCAGGCGAGCGUGGGGAGCCUGGCUUAAGAGGAGACGCUGGGGUUCCUGGGAUUGAUAACAAUGCCGUUGGUCCUCCCGGUCAAAGAGGGAAAACAGGGAUGCAGGGAGAACCAGGACCGGAUGGCAUUCGAGGAGAACCAGGAGAGGAGGGUGAAAAUGGUCCCAAUGGCUACAGAGGUCGUCCUGGCUUAAAGGGUGAACAAGGAACUAAAGGAGAACCAGGUUAUCCAGGAGAAAUUGGAUUUCAAGGCCAACCGGGUACACCAGGCUUGCAAGGAAUAAGUGGACCACCAGGACUACCAGGCUUACCAGGCUUCCGAGGUAGUCCAGGAAUCACUGGUGUAACUGGCUCUGUAGGGAAGCCUGGACCAGGAGGGCAAAAAGGUGAAUAUGGUGAUCUUGGAGCAAAAGGCCCACCUGGACCAUCUGGACCAAGAGGUCUGCGUGGACUAGAUGGUGACAAUGACUAUGGGCUACCAGGAAGGAAAGGAGCAAAGGGUCAGUCUGGUUUUCCUGGAUACCCUGGACUGCAGGGAGAAGAUGGUGACUCAGGCAUUGCAGGAGAUAAUGGUGCCAAAGGAAUUAGAGGGCAAAGGGGCAAUAGUGGAAUGCCAGGCUCAGUGGGUGAUCCAGGAGAACAAGGACUACCUGGAAGAAUGGGUCAUAAAGGACCAAAUGGCAUAAUAGCUAUGACGCCUUGUGAACUUGUUAACCUUACACGAGAAAACUGCCGUUUGAACACGUGUCCAGUAUAUCCAACUGAGGUGGCGUUUUCCCUUGAUAUGUCUGAAGAUGUUACCCCAGAGUCCUUUGAAAGGAUGAAAGACAUUAUGACCUCUUUGCUGAAGGGCAUACAACUAAGCAGAAGAAACUGCCCCACUGGAGCUCGAGUGUCAGUACUUUCAUACAACACCAACAUAAAGUACCUCAUUCGGUUUGCUGAAUUCCAGAGAGAUCACCUCCUUAUGGAGGCAAUUCGGAGGAUACCACUGGAGAAGUCCUCAGGCAGACGAAAUAUUGGAGCGGUCAUGAGAUUUGUUGCCAGGAAUGUUUUUAAACGGUAUCGCCAAGGCAUCCUUAUGAGGAAAGUUGCAAUAUUUCUCACCACUGGCCCAUCACAGGAUACAACCUCCAUCAAUACAGCUAUGUUGGAAUUCACCGCUCUAGGUAUCACACCUGUGGUCAUUGCCCUCAGUGAAGUGCCUAAUGUACGACAGGCCUUUUUGGCAGAUGAUACCCGUCGAUUUCAAUUGGCUGUUUGGGAAUCCAAGGAGGAUGAGAACUUGGACAGUGUAUUCCGUUGUGCUCUCUGCUAUGAUAAAUGCAAGCCUGAUCCAGAAUGUGAAGUGGCAGCUCCUCCUCCCAUUAUAAUAAACAUGGACUUAACCUACAUCAUUGACAGCUCUCGGAAUGUUGGAAGUGAGGAGUUUGAGACGAUGAAGGAAUUUGUGAGCAACAUGUUAGAUUAUUUUGUUAUUGCUCCACAGCCCAUGGAGCUAGAUGGAGGCGCAAGGGUGGCAUUGGUGCAACAGGCUCCACGACAUUUCACACUCAACAGAACCUCAAGCCCAGUGCAUGAAGAAUUUGAUUUGGUCACAUAUGACAAUAAAAACUUGAUGAAAAAGCACAUCCUAGAAUCUGUUCGCCAGCUGGAAGGUCCAUCUGCCAUUGGUCAUGCCCUACAGUGGACAGUUAACAAUGUGUUUUUGGAAGCCCCCAUGCCAAGAAAACACAGAGUCAUCUUUACAAUACUUGGAAGUAAGACAAGUUCCUGGGACAGGCAGAAACUUAGAGAAAUGUCGCUAGAGGCCAAAUGCCAAGGAUUCACCAUGUUCACCUUAGCACUUGGAAGAGGAGUUGAUGACACAGAGAUCACAGAACUUUCCAGUGUCCCAGUGGAGCAGCACCUAUUGCAACUGGGCCGGAGUGAUAAACUUGAAUUGCCAUAUGCACUGCAAUUUAGCCGGGCCUUCUUAAACCUUUUAAGACGAGGGACAAAUCCUUAUCCAUCUCCAGGCCUACAGGAAGAAUGUGAAAAUCUGGAUCGAGGAGAUACUUAUCAGCAGCUAAUAGCUGGGACUGACAGGAUUAUAUUUCCUGUAUUGGAUUAUGGUGCUGCUUUGCAAUCAGCAGAGCAAGAAAAAAUUAUGGAGGCCACCCAAGAACCUGUAAAGUACAGAGAAGAAGAGGAAUAUGGUUACAUGGAGAACGAGCAUUUCACAAAGAACAAUAUUCAUCAUGGUAACAGAACAGAGAAUGAAGAACACUUUGAGCAAGUACAAAGAACCGGAGAUGCCUGUGUUGUGGAUAUGGACCGUGGUGAGUGUGAAGAUUACACUUUGAAGUGGCAUUACAACAAGGAGCAGGACAUGUGUUCCCAGUUCUGGUAUGGUGGCUGUGGUGGGAACAAAAACAGAUUUGAAACUCAAGAAGAAUGUGAAGCUUUAUGCCUAGAGUGAUCCUAGUGUGGAGAAUGCAAGCCAGAAACAAUGCCCUUGGUUAUCCAGGAAAGUGAUAAUAAACCAGAAGAUGAUUUCCCUACUUCAAGUAAAGCCACUUUUAAAUUUUGUGGGGCAGGAAGCUAGUGUGUACUUAUCCAAUAUCUUUUAAACAAAGAGUCUUGUGGUAUUUAAAGACCAACACAUUUAUUGUGGUAGAAGCUUUCUAGUCCAUUAGAGAUUAUGGUUUCUUUAAGGAGACACAAGACUCUUUGAUUGCCUUUGUUAUGACAGUCGUAUGCAAGUAUACUUUUGAUCUUACUAGCAGACAUGGGUCAAGGUUGCUUGGUUUGAUGAACACUGCAAUGUUUUUGUGGCAGAGGAUGUAUUAUACCUGAUUUUGCUUCAUAACAUCAAGAUGUAGAUCUUGUAAUAUAUGGGAGAAACUAUACCUCAAACACUUGUACACUGACCCCGAGUUGCCAGUGCUGUGACACAAUGUUAUGAAUAGGUACAAAUGCUCUAUAUGCUCAUCCUUUAACGUGAUAUAUACUGUUUUCUGCCAAUAGUGCCCUUCUUAUGUCUGCAUAAGACAAACAGAUGAAUCUCUAUGCAAAAUAAAUGAACAUGAAUCUGACAUCAGAAAUGGCAACAUUCAGAAAACAAUGGGAGAAUACUUUAACCUUCCAGGACUCCUUCAACAGAAAAAUGUCAAAGGGAGACUAGAGUAAGAAUCAGUUGAAUUAGAAUGUAUAAAUGAGGCCAUCUUUGCCAGCCUCAAUGGGGGCCUUAAUUCAAAGCUGUAGAUACAACACAUGCAUUGUUGGUGGUUGCACAAUGUGUUUUGUAGCCUAAAUGCUGAAUAAAAAAUUGUUUUCAUGUAUACAAA